AUGGUUCAGUCGAUAGCGAUGCAACAGAGCCCUCGAACUCCGCUUACACUUUACAGAUUUCUGCUGAAAUGUGUGAGAAAAUUACCUGAAGAGACACAGAAGCAUUAUAAGCACCACGUGAAGCAGGUAUAGUAUAGUGAUGAUAGACAGCUGAUGCUAGUACAGUUUAUAAUAUUGGGGUAUUUCAACCUUACUGACUUGCCUUUUUGCUGCAAGAAAGAUGCCAUUAUUGUCUAUGAUUAUGAUUUUAUAGGGAGCUUUGAUCAAAAGCAAAAACUUAUAAAUCAUAAAUAUUCUGAGGCUGUGGAUAUAUAAUGUCCCCUAAAUACCUCAAACCCCUACAGGUUUGUAAAAAAGGACUAUACCUUGAAAAGGACGGGAAUAAUUUGUGAUAACAGACAAGAGUUAAAUCAUCUAUUGAUUAUAAAUUGGAUAUUACUUUUACUAUAAGUCAGCCUUCUGCAUUUAUCAGAGAUUGUUUCUGUUUAGGCCUACGCAAGUCACUGUGAUGAAACUGACCCGCAAAGAAUACAACAAAUAAUUGACAGAGCUAUACAGGAUGCAGAAUGGCUGAUGAAAAAGGUAUUGAACAAGAAACAAACUUUGGAUCAAUGUCGGUGUCUGAGCUACUGA